CCCAGAAAAUGGAUGGAUGGACGGAUACUCCUCUUUUGGUUAGCAGUCAUGACAGAUUCAUGUGUAACAUUAUGUUUCAGUGAAUUGCAUUUCUGGUUCUUUGAUUGUCAUCUCAUAGUUUCUCUGCCGUUCUGUGGUGACAUCACAAACAAAAAAUGGCUACUAGAAAAAGUAAAACACACUCAUAAAGUUAUUCUAAAGUAAGUCAGUAUUCUCACUGAACUGAUAUCUCAGAAUCCAAAUAAUAAACAUUUCCUGAACAUAGGCUGCUACAAAGGCUGCGCUUACAUCAUGACAGUUUUGCUCAGUGACAGGUGCUUUCACUGCCUAAAGUCAAAAUACUCUAUCCGCAUUUUAGUUGAAGUUAUAGUUCCUGUUCAUUCACAGUUGAUAUUUCCUGUCAUGGUUAUAGACACAUAUAGACCUAAAACAAACACAUUCAUAGCAGAUAGACAUUACCAGUCUGGAGAAUAAGUUCAAGGGCAAGGAGAUGGUGUCCAAACCUCAUUGUUUGAUUUUGAUGAUAGCAUCGCAAUUGGUCGUCAAUGGCUGCAGCCGAGCAGAUGUCGCAGGAAUCCUGGGCCACAACGUCAUCCUUCAGUUCAGAUUUAACACCAGCGUCACUGAUCGCAGCCAUUUUGCAGUUUACUUUCUGGACAACAAAAAGGCAGAGCACUGUCCUUGGGAAGGUUGCUCGAGAGAACGUGGUUUUGAAGUUUACGCUAAAAAUUCUUCUAUAUUUUGCCACAUUACAAACCUCACACAAGGUCACAGCGGAACGUACAGGGGUACACUCUUCCACAAAAAUGGACCAGUCGAGGAAAGUAAUACAGUGCACCUGAUCAUUCAGGAGGAGAAAAUCAACAACACCGUUUCUCAUGCACAGGAGAACAGAAAAACAACCAAAUAUCCACCAAAAUAUUUUUCCAGUGCGAUCAUCGCCGUACUUGUGGUUUUACCCGUGGUCUUGUUGGCGACUUCUCUGUCCUGGUUCUUCUGGUGUCGUGUCCGAGUCAGAGGCAAUAAAGCGCAACAAAACUCCCCAGCCGCAACACAGGUAGACAGUGUGGCAUCCAAUAACAUGCAAGAGGGCGCAUUUGCCUACAGUGUCCUGGACUUUCCUAAAAGAGAGGUCACGCUGUUGGACAGCAAGCCAAAUGAUACAGAAUAUGUCCGGGUUCAUCACCACCCUCAUCAAAAGUGAAUGUACACAACUGGUCUUGCUGCGAAUGGCUGGCGUCCACUUCAGGGUGUCUCCCACCUCUCGCCCAGAUGCAGCUGGGAUAGCCUCCAGCACGCCUGCAACCCUAGUGGGGAUAAGCGGCACGGUCUUGGUCUAAGCACCGGUCUGUGAUAGUAAGCAAAGGUUUGUCAAAUGUGCUGUACACAAAUAAAUGUAAACUUAAUAUUUUAAUUGAUAAACUUUUUGAAAAUAGAAAUGGUUUGGGAUUGUAUCUAAUUUAAAUUUAGAAUUUCCAGGACGUAUGAGUAACUAUACUUCUGAGAAGGUGUGAAGUGUCAUCAAAGUUUUGGUUUUUAUUUCCUGUAAUGGCAUCAUCAUGGUGGUGUAGUGGUUAGCACAUCUUGCCUCGCAGUCAGACCUUUGAAACAUCUCUUUGUGAAUUUCACAUGUUCUCUCUGUGCUUGCGUGAGUUUCCUCCCACAUUUCAAUUAGUAUAUGCUUCUUAGGUUAUUUGAAGUCCAUUGGUGAGCAUGUGACUGUGAAGUGUGGCAGCCGCUGUACACUGCCUCUAACCCUCAGUUAACUGUGAUCGCCUCCGUCAUGACCCUAAUGAGGACAAGUACUAUAAUUCUCUUAUUGUACAUUGUAUUUUCGAAACAGACCAAAAAAUGUCUGCCUACCAGUUGCAGACAAGCAGGGGAGAGAAAUGCCACAAAAAAAAUGAUGCAGUUGGAGUUUGCCUUUUGACAAUGUCGAAAAUAUCAUCACAUGAUGCUUCAUUUGAGUUGUAUGGAAGUGAAGUAGAACAACUACAGUAACAGAUGACAGUCUGCAGAAGACAUGUAUAUUCCACUAUCAUUUGCUUCUUUCACUAUAAGACAAUGUUAUAGAAAUAAAUUGGGCUCUGAUAAUGUUAGUAAAUAUAAAUACUGUCUAUAUAAUGUGUGUACCAAAGUGUAAGUUCACCUGGGGAUGCUAAGACACUCCCAAUUCGGGAGUAAGUUUGCCAUUACGACAACACAGCAGCGGGACCACGAUGUGCGAGCAGGUCAAACACCCAAUCAGAUCCACCGACACUGCAACCUGCCUACAAGAGUAUUAAAGCUUUGCAACCCAUAGCGUCGGAAUCAGAAUCAUCUUUUUGGCGAGGUAUGUUUCAACGCGGAGUUUGCAUGUUCUCCCCGUGCCUGCGUGGGUUUUCUCCGGGCACUCCGGUUUCCUCCCACAUCCCAGAAACAUGCAUAAAUUGGAGACUCUAAAUUGCCCGUAGGUGUGACUCUGAGUGCGAAUGGUUGUCUGUUUGUAUGUGCCCUGCGAUUGGCUGGCAACCAGUUCAGGGUGUACCCCGCCUCCUGCCCGAUGACAUCUGGGAUAGGCUCCAGCACGCCCGCGACCCUAGUGAGGAGAAGCGGCUCAGAAAAUGGAUGGAUGGAUGUUUCAACGCACAAAUUGUCUCCAGUAGUUGAAGCCGGUCACAGGCAAGGUGAGUGAUGGGGCCCUCCUUACGGCCUCGGAUGCAAUUGACUCGCUGGUUGGAACUUUUGAGGGCUUGUUUUACUUGGUGAGCCACCUGUCAAUGAGUUGGUGCCCUCAGUUGAGCAGGUUUGUGCUGCACAGCUGAUAUCAAAAGGUGACAAAACACUAUGUACUUAAGUACAAGGAGGCCUACAGAUACUUGUGUUUAUAAAAAAUACAAAAAAUCUGGUAAAAGUAGAAGGAUCGAUUCAACUCCUUCACUUAAAGGGAAGUUUGCCAUUUCAAAACUGCUAGCAAUAUUUGAAGGUAGGCUCACUUAACUAAUCCUCCCACCACCCCCACCCCCAAGUCUCUGAGCAAAGCCACGCCCCUCACUACCUUGAACGUGCACUGUAAACAAGCUGAUGUUAGCCGCUGCUCCUGCUGCUGUUGGUAGCACGACUUAUUCGUGAUGGUGUUGCUACAACACAAAAUGUUAUCGGUUUCAAGUUGUAUUUAUUGGAAUUAAAAUUCAACAAGAGGUGUUAAACCUACCC